UCUCAAGUAAUGCAUAAACUAAUAUGUUCCGUGCAAACUUACGACUGGGGUAAGCCAGGAUGUCGAAGUACCGUGGCAGCACUGGUUAAAGAAGGGCAUCAUGCAAAUUACGUGGAUGAUAACAAACCGUAUGCUGAGUUCUGGAUGGGUGUACAUAAGAAUGGGCCAGCAAAAAUCGAGCAAACAUCAGAGGAUCUUUUGAACUGCAUCAAGAAUCAUCCAGAAAUGGUCGGAAAACACGAGCAAGGAACCCUGCAAUUCUUGUUCAAGGUUUUAUCUGUAGAGAAAGCCCUGUCUAUACAAAGUCAUCCUACUAAGGAAGAAGCAGUUAAAUUACAUGCAAAAGACCCUGCUCAUUAUCCGGAUCCAAAUCAUAAGCCUGAAAUGGCUAUCGCGCUUACGGAUUUCGAGCUUCUGUGUGGCUUUCGUCCACCGAACGAAAUUUAUGAAAAUCUGAAAGGCUGUCCAGAGGUUUUGGCACUCAUUGACAACUGCGAUGAUUUGAAGAAACUCUUAGACAGUAACGAAGCUGUAGCCAAGCAGACACUGAAAAAAAUAUUCACCAAGGUGUGGGCUUCUUCACCAGAAGCGAUUGCCAAAGCUGUGCAGACUUUCGUGGCUCGAAUCAAAAAAGACCCAAAAAACAAGUUAGAUGAGCUGAUUAUUAGACUCGACAGUGCGUAUCCUGGAGGUGAUGUUGGUGUGUUCGCUCCGCUGCUUCUAAACUAUUUCACGCUAAAACCUGGGCAGGCGACAUUUCUCGGACCAAAUCAGCCACAUGCAUAUUUGUCCGGAGAUUGUAUUGAAUGCAUGGCGUGUUCUGACAAUACGAUUCGAGCCGGCUUGACGCCAAAAUUCAAAGAUAUUGAGACACUAUGUUCCAAUUUGACGUACGUGAUGAGUGGGCCGCCUAUAUUCCCUCACAAGGAGCUAGCAAGUGGUGUCACGCUCUACGCUCCUCCAGUACCGGAAUUUGCCGUACAAGCCGUUGGGGUAGUUUUCCAGUUCUUUUCAAUGGCAUUGUCACGAAGAAAAAGGGUCUGGAAAUGGUACAACCACGGCUUAAGGCUCAGUAGCUCUCUCUCGGCGUUGGCUGCAAAACUCACUGCAGAGUCUGCCAGCUCCAUCGUUAUUGUUAUCAGCGGCAGCGCUCAUUUCAUAGCUGGAUCUCUGGAUCUUGAGGUACACCGUGGCAGCGUGGUCUUCAUUUCAGCAGCGUGUACCGACGUUCGUAUUGUGAAUGCAACAUCUGAUUUCGUCAGUUAUCGUGCAUUCACACCUAAGCACUGA